AACCUGGCCAGGUUUAGUUUACCAGGUUUUUUUUUUUGACUUUUUCCUAUCAGUAAAAUUCGGGCCAAUAGGGUAGUGACGCGUUAAUUUGUGGGGGAGCUGGCGGGGUGCGCUUCUGGGUGCGUUUGGUUUGUUACGUCCGUAUAGUCGGUGGCCGCUGAAAUUGCUAGCCCUACUCGCUUCGAGAGAGACCUCGUUGAUGUCAAGGCCACCACGGCACCCCCGAACAAGACUAUAAAUACUCUCCUUCGCUCUGCCUCACGUUCCUCCCCGCUCCACAGCCGAGCUCCCGUUCCCUUCUCCGUCUCCUCUUUGCCCGCGUCCCGCUCGAAACCCACACGCACUCAUCUUCCACAUCCGUGUGCUCCGCUGUGAUGUUGCCGACGGUAGUUUGCACCGUGGCUAUGCUCCCCAGGCGUCGCCUGCCCCGACGGCCCGAGGGUCCUUACGCGUCAGGCCGCCUUGGCUGGAGAGAUGACGGUCAACCCUUGGUUGCACGGCGCGGUGGCCAGCCAUGGGACUGGACGCCGGUGGACCUCCACAUGUUGGACGAGAACAAGGGCACUGAAGACCAUGGCCAGUCCCGUGAGGCCGUGACACCAUGCCUCUCCCACCUCUUUCGGUGGCUUUCUACUGCCCCUGCGCUGGGAGCUCAACAUGGAGGGACUCGCCAUGGAUCGAGCAUCGUCUGGAGUCUGGACGCAACUGCCCACUGCCCUGCAAGUUGACUGUUCCAACGCCCACCAAGUGUUUGAUGUAAUGUUUGGACGGCUGUAGGUAAAAGAAAAUCAGUUUUAUCCAGAAACUAUGUUGCUAUACUCCUAAUUUUGUGUUCUUCCAAGAGAUUUGACUUCACCAUUAAUUGAGGGAAAGGACUUUCCUCAACCAUGCACCAUAUAUUGUUUCCGCAUUCAUUUUUCUCUUUAUUAACCUAGUUAUUCUCUUAUUACCA